CAUGGGGGUGACGACGGUUCUGCUCAUAUUUGGAAGUGCUCUAGUUCUACUGGUUAUGAAAUGGUGGUUUUCUGUCAGCGGCCAGUUGUACCGAAACAAGUCAAUCCCAGUUCCCUCAGAUAUAGACUUCAUUUUUGGACACAUCAAGUCGCCAGGAAACACGCUGUAUUCAAAUGAAGGAGCAGACUGGUUACAAAAAUGGGGCACUAUCUAUCCUAAAAUAUAUAGGAUCAGAUUUGGACCAUACAACUUCGUGAUAACAUCACAUCCAAAAACCAUCCGAACUUUGUUCAAGGACAAGCCAGAGAAGACGUGGCUGUACAGAUUCGCAAUUGACUGGUUAGGAGAUGGGCUUCUCUUUUCAAAAGGGAAAAAGUGGUUUACUAGGCGGAAAAUGCUGACUCCCUCUUUUCAUUUUGACUUGCUAAAAAGUUAUCUCGACAUUUUCAAUGAGACCACGAACGUCAUGGUCAAGCAGUUUAGGGAAAAUGGCGCGGAGCCAGUCGAGAUCUUCCCCAAGGCAUUGGCUAUGACUCUGGACACCAUUCUAAGAUGUCUUGUACAUUAUGAAACAAACUGCCAAACUCAAUAUGAUGAAUACGCCGCAAUUAUGUAUCGGAUGUCCAUAAUGAUAAGCAACAGAGUUUUUGACCCGAUGCAGUACUCUGACAGACUCUUUAACAAUACGACAAUGGGCGCUGAAUAUCUACAACUCAAAGAUAGAUUUUUGGAAAUCAGUAGGAAGAUCAUAGAAGAUCGCAAAGAAGCUCAUUUGAGGAACCCAGAUAUACUGAAGGAUGCCACGAAUCUUAGCUUUCUUGAUGUAUUACUCACCGUCAAAUACGAAGAUGGUAGAAACCUAUCGAUGGAGGAUGUCCUUGAGGAAGCAAACGUUUUCAUAUUUGAAGGACACGAUACUACAGCUAGUGGUGUUAGCUUUAGUUUGUUCCUGCUGUCUCAGAAUCCAGAGCAUAUGGCCAAAUGUUACGAAGAAAUUAAAGAAGUCUUUGACAAUGGUGGUGGUGAUGAAUAUGUAACUCAGCAGCAGAUCAACGAUCUGUCUUAUUUUUCUUUGUGUAUCAAGGAAUGUUUAAGAAUGAGACCUCCUGUACCCAUGAUCGGGAGACACCUUCACAACGAAGUGGACAUCGAUGGAAUUCGGCUACCCAGAGGAACAAACGUAGCCAUUAUGAUUGAUGCUUUACAUCGAGUGGAAGAGUUCUGGGAUGAACCAAAUGAAUUUCGACCAGAACGUUUUAAUCGAGAAAAUUCUAAAAACCGUGAUCCUUACAGCUACAUCCCCUUCAGUGUAGGUAACCGCAACUGCAUUGGACAGAACUUUGCCAUCACAGAAUUGAAAAUGGCCGUGGCAAAGCUAAUCUACAACUUUGAAGUGGUAGCUUAUCAACCGGAGAGAGUGACACGUAUCAUUGCAAUGAUACAGAAACCUUUAAACCUGUACUUGCAGUUCAUCCCACGAGAGAUCAAAAGCUGAUCUAAACAAUUAUUUGAUAUUUCCAAUACACCUGCACCAGUUAUAGUGCUUAGCACUGUUGUGUAUUGAAUGGGAAAGCUUUAGAAGGGUAUUUUUGUGUUUAGUUAUCAGGACUUAGUAUUAAUUUGAAUAUUAUAUGAAGGGUAUGUUCACAUCAACCAUGAACUAACGUUAUGAUAUACACUGAAAUAGGUUAAUUUAAUUUAAUCGUAAAUGGUUUUAUAUUGAAAGUAUUGUGAUAAUGUAAACGUAAUUAGAAAAAGAGCUAUCACGUAACACUGUUUAACUGUUUUGUAGUUAACAAUUUUGGAAUUUUAUCAAAACUGUUAAAAUAUUUUCCAAAUGUACAGUUUUCUAUAUUAAACUAAAAUGUUUGGUCAUUCAAACAGCUGGUGUCCUUUUCUUACAGCCUAAAUUUUUCAAAUUAAAACCGACCCAACCUGAGUAAAACACAUCGAAUACCAGAUCGGCCCGAUAUACGAAUCUCAUACUU